GUCAUCAUCAUCCCUCCAAACGCCACCUUGUUCGAGACAAGCAGUCAUACUAGCUGCAACUUGGACAUCGAAUACCCCGAAUCACUCGAGGACGAAGUCCUGCAAGCGUUCCAAAACGUUGAAAAUGCUCUGCUUGCUGCCGGUGUCGCAGGUAGAUGACAGGCCGUGUACAAGAUGACCUCAUACCAUGUUGGCAACAUAGAAGAAGCUGGUGAAGGGUUGGAAGCGGCUAUGGCGAAAUACUUGAAGGAUAAUAGGCCUGCUUGUUGUGGCGUUUCUGUGACAGGUCUUUCUGGCCCUGCUAGGAUAGAGAUUACCGGGUCGGCUGCAAGGGGCGCCUAGUGGAAUCGCAAGAGAGAAUGGCAUCAUAUGGCUGGGAGAUUGGAGGAACGAAAUUCAGGCGUGAGCAAGCAAGUGUUGGAUCACGUGACUCCAUUUGGCGUACCCGAAUUUCGCAACUUGACGAAGUCACUGUUGAAAUCAGGAUGCAAGAGGAAUUGCUGGAAAGAUCGUAUUGUGAAGAUAGCACAGCGACGAGCUAUAUACCUGGAAAGGCGGGCUGGUAGAGGAGGCUGGGUCCAACCACCAGAAAUUCAACUGUCACCUCCUAUCUUGGGGCAACGUGAUAGACGACGGAUAACUUCAUUUUUGACACUGCCAAAUCCAGCAUUAGAAUGCCGGUACUGUUUUCAAGAAAAAGGUUGGUACACAUUUGCUCACACCUUCAAGUCCACGCCAAAGCAAGCCUCCUCCUCAUCCAUCGCCUUUCCUCCCCCUCACCAACCUCAACCCUCCCCCUCCACCCUCCCCCUCCUCGGCCCCAGCUGCACCCAAUGCGCACAACACGUGUCGUCACUAACCGUCUCAAACCUUGCCCCUAGCUCCACCACCGCCGGCCGCGCCCUCGCCUUCUGCACAUCCCCACUCCACGAAUCAUGCCGCGGAUUGCGGUCGUAGAAGAACAGCCACCGCAGCCGCGCGCGGUUCGCC